GGAACACCGAAUAAACGCACCGUACUAACAAAAAUAGCCCUAAUGGAGUAUCCCCAUGAACUCAUCGGAAACCAAUCGCUGACGGUGCUUUGCGAGCUCUGAUCGCACCGUACGAGCCACAAGUCUAGGGUUUUGAAUUUCGAUUGAAGUCAGUGGAUAUGCGGCUCACCCUCGAAUUCGGUGGGGGUUUAGAACUUCUUUGUGAUUCCGUAAAGAUACAUAAUGUGAACGUUGCUUCACAAAAUGGGAUUGAGAAGCUAACCAUGAAAGAUUUGCUCUGUUGGGUCCGUACCAAUUUGAUAAAGGAGAGGCCUGAAAUGUUCAUGAAGGGAGAUUCUGUGAGGCCUGGUGUUCUAGUCCUCAUUAAUGAUUGUGACUGGGAGCUGAGUGGCCAACUUGAUACAACUCUGGAAGAGAAGGAUGUGGUUGUCUUUAUUUCUACCUUGCAUGGUGGAUAAUACCUAAACGGUUGGUGUAUCUAAGAGGGUUGUUUAGGUUGUGUUGCUGGUGAGAGUUAAAAAAAAUGUUUGGAUUUGCAUGUAAUUCUCCUGAAUGUAAUAAAGAAAAUUGAAAGUAACCAUAAGUAUUUACAAUUUCUCACUCAA